AUGGGCUCCAAAUUAGCAGCUGGAGCAAAACAAAAUCGCUGCUGUGAAUCUUGCCCUGUUAAUCUCUCCCUUUCCCUUUCAGCAUCGCUGACUGUCAUUGCUGUAAAGGCUGUGGCCAGCAUGAUAAUACUCUCUGCAAAGGGGAAAAUGCAGCUAACUUACCCUGUUUUCUAUAUCAUGAUUGUUUUAAUGGCAACUUCUUGUGCUUUCCAAGUCAAGUUCUUGAAUCAAGCAACACAUCUGUAUGAAGCAACAGCAGUUGUGCCCAUUAAUUUUGUGUUCUUCACCACCAGUGCCAUUAUUUCAGGGGUCAUAUUUUAUCAGGAAUUCCAAAGUGCAGCUUUGCUGAGCGUGUUCAUGUUUCUGUUUGGGUGUCUCCUGUCUUUCCUUGGUGUAUUUUUAAUUGCAAGAAAUAAAAAAGAGGAGCAUUUACAAAUUUCUUUUAUUGACUGUGGACAUAUUCCUGGACAAAAAUUGACAGACAAAAUACAACCAGAUUCUCACAGUUCAAGCUAUGGCACUUUGAAUAAUGAAGAUAACUCGGUGAAAAGUCAAAGCUGA